CUUUGCCUCUCUUGUCUUCUCUCCUCGUUCUUUUUCCAGCAAAAGAUAAAGGAGAGAAGAAGCUGUUUGGUUUUGCCUUCACUCCUCUGAUGAGAGAGGACGGAACCACUCUUUCAGAUGAGAGCCAUGAACUCUACGUUUACAAGUGCGAUGAGAACACGACCUUCAGUAACCACGCCCUGUACCUGGGCCUGCCCUGCUGUAAAGAAGACUUCAGCAGCUGUCCCAGCAUCCCCUCCAGCCUCGUCUUCCAGCGCAGCACCAAGGAGACGUUCUGGAUCUCCACACAGCUGUCCUCCACCAAGCUGACCCAGAACGUGGACCUCCUGGCCCUGCUUAAAUGGAAGGCCCACCCAGACCGCGUCAUGGACAUCCUCGGCCGGCUGAGACACGUCAGUGGAGAGGAGAUAGUCAAGUUUCUCCAAGACAUCCUGGACACCUUAUUCUCCAUCUUGGAUGACAACACUGACAAGUAUGGACCGCUGGUGUUCCAGUCAUUGGUGUUCAUCAUUAACCU